UGCCUGAUUGCCUGGCCAGUGAGGGAAGGGAAGAGCAAUUGCAUUUACAGAGGCUCAGGAAAGGGAAGUGUCUUACACAAGCUCACAGAGGUUCUAGAAAAGGCAGAGUCAGAACUGAGCCAGAAAUUGGGUGGGGUCCUCUCCUGCCCUGUUCCUCCACCCUCCUCACCUGGGACGGCUGUCACCCUCUGGAUUUGGGUUUGGCAUGAGGUGGAGGCAGAGCGUGUGGGGUCUGGUGAGACUCAGGUCGGUCUCAGAGGUCCCACCGCUUGCUGUCCCCUAGGGCCCACCCUCCAGGGAUGGGCUACUUCCCUUCCUGUGAGGCCACUGAUGAGGAACCAGUGACAUGUCACAUGAAGCCUGGACCCUGUCACACCCCAUUCACCCAUCCUGGGUGGCUCUGCGGAGUUUACACAUCGUCUGCACACUGGGGACCAUGGGAGGACGCUCCAUGACUUCCACCCUCACUGCCUUUCUCUGCCUCAGGCUGUGUCAGGGCCCGUGGGACCAGGUACAGGCAGGAGACGUCCCCAAACCCUCCAUCGGCGCUGACGCAGGCCCCAUCAUCACCAAUGGGAGCUCUGUGACCAUCUGGUGUCAGGCGCCUCUGCAGGCUAGUGCCUACCUUCUAUAUAAAGAGAGGGGCUCUGAGCCCUGGGAUACCAGGACCCCACAGGGCUCCAGCAACAAGGCUGGUUUCCUCAUUGGAACCACGACCCCAUCCCACGCAGGGCUGUACCAGUGUGCAUAUUACACCACUGGGGACAUACUGUCUCAGAGGAGUGACCCCCUGCUCCUGGUGGUGACAGGAGUGGGCAGUGCACCCUCCCUCUCAGCCCAGCCAAGCCCUGUGGUGGCCUCAGGAGGGAUCGUGUCCCUCUCCUGUAGCUCUAACCUCACAUCGGGCACUUUCCAUCUGCUGAAGGAGGGAGGGGCUGACCCGCCCCAACACAUGGAAGCAGAACCGAGGAUCCAAGCUGGGAGGAGGCAGGCCAAAACCAUCUUCCCUCUGGGCCCCGUGAGUCCCUCUCAUGGGGGGACCUACAGAUGCUUCAGUUCUAACAGCUCCUACCCAUACGUGUGGUCACAGCCCAGUGACCCUCUGCACAUCGAGGUCACAGGUGUGCACAGGAAGCCCGCCCUCUCGGCCCAGCCAGGCUCGCUGGUGCUGCCUGGACACAGCCUGACCCUCCAGUGCCACGCGGAGGCCGGCUUUGACACAUUCGCUCUGACCAAGGACGAGGGGCUCGCACCCCCUCAGCACCUCGAUGCGCAGCACAGCCCCCACUUCCCCCUGGGCCACGUGAACCGCACCCACGGGGGCCGGUACAGAUGCUACAGUGGACACCACCUCUCCUCUGUGUGGUCGGCCCCCAGCGCCCCCCUGGACAUCCUGGUGGCAGGAAUGUACAGGAAACCCUCCCUCUCAGCCCAGCCAGGAUCCUCAGUGCCCAGGGGAAUGAACGUGACCCUGCAGUGUGGGUCUGAGAUCUGGUUGGACACCUUUCACCUGCACAGGGAGGGGUCACUUGACCCUCUCCAGCAUCUUCAUCUGCAGGACACGUCUGCACCCUCUCAGGCCAACUUCACACUCAGUCCUGUGAGCUCAGGCAACCAGGGGACCUACAGGUGCUAUGGCUCAAACAGCACCUCCCCCUACCUGCUGUCACACCCCAGUGACCCCCUGGAGCUGGUGGUAUCAGAUCUGGAAUGGAACCCGAUCAUCCUAAUCGGGGUCUCGGUGGCCCUCGUCCUGCUGCUCUCCCUCCUUCUCUUCCUCUUCCUCCGCUUCAAGCGUCAGAGCAAAGGCAGCACAUCGGCAGAUGCUGCCAUGAAGGACCCCCAACCUGGGAAGAGCCUGGAGCUGGACCCUCGGCAGAACAGACAGGAUGAAGACCCCCAGGGAGUGACGUACGCCCAGGUGAAACACUCAAGACCAAGACCCCAGCAGGGAAUGGCCACCUCUCCUUCCUCCCUGUCGGAGGAAUUGCUGGACACAAAGGGCAGACAAGCAGAAGAGGACAGACAGAUGGAUAGUCAGGCUGCACCUGACGCCCCCCAGGAUGUGACCUACGCCCAGCUGAACCUCUUGACCCUUAGACGGCAGACAAGUGCACCCCCAUCCUCCCCAUCAGAGGAGCCCCCAGAAGAGCCCAGCUUGUACGCUACUCUAGCCAUCCACUAGCCCAGGAGGACCCAGACCCCAUGCUCCAGGGACGGGGCCUGCAGGGACCCCAGAAGGCAUGAGUACUUCCCCCAUGGACCCUCAGCUAGUGACCCCAGCCAGCCUGGAGACCAGACCUGCUCCACUGGCAGCUCCUGGCACCCUCUGGGAGUCAACCUGGUUCUAUAAGCAAUAUGCCUACGUUUUGGAUCAAAGCAAGACUUCUCAAUAAUCAAUGUGUGAACUUAGAACAAAACAGAAGUAAGAGAAUGCUUUAAGUGAAUGACAAUGUAAAUAUCAUACAUCAAACCUAUGAAGUGGGACAUAGGAUCAACCUAAGUGUCCUUGAACCGAUAAUUGGAUAAAGAUGUGGUUACUAUACAAAGAGAAUAUUUCUCAGCCAUAAAACAUGAAAUACUGCCAUUUGCCACAACAUGGAUGGAUCUGGAGAGCAUCACGCUAAGUGAACAAAGUCAGAAAGAAAAGGACAAGAACAAUCUGAUUUCACUCAUGUGGGUGAAAUAUGAACCUGAAGUGUCAUAUAUGUUAAAUACAUUGAAUCUGUAAUUAAAACUUUCCUGCAGCCCUAGCCGGUUUGGCUCAGUGGAUACAGCAUUGGCCUGCUGACUCGGGUUCAAUUCUGGUUCAAGGGCCCGUACCUGGGUUGUGGGCAUGAUCUCCAGUGGGAAGCUUGCAGGAGGCAACUGAUCAGUGAUUCUCUCUCAUCAUUGAUGUUUCUCUCUCUCUCUCCCUCUCCUUUCCUCUCUGAAAUCAAUAAAAAAUAUAUAUUUUUUUAAAAACUUUCCUGCAAAGUGACCUUAGAGUUCAGAAAGUUUCUCUGCUAAAUGCUUCUGAACACUUAUGCAUGUAUGAAAUACACACACAUAUACACAUGCACGUAUGAAAUCCACGCAUAUACACAUGGACAUACACAUGGGCACAUACAGACAUAUACGCAAACAUACACGGACAUAUAAAUUGGCACACAUGGACACACACAUCAACAUACACACACAUAGGUAUA